UUCACAAUAAAUUUCAUUUGAUUGAUAGGGUAUUACAUAUUUCACACAUAUAUCCCGACCUGCCUUAUCGUCAUUAUGUCAUGGAUUUCAUUCUGGAUUAAGCCAGAAGCAGUGCCGGCGCGGGUGACCCUAUGUGUGACCUCGUUGUUAACCCUAUCAACUCAGCAUGCUCAAUCACAGAAAUCAUUGCCACCGGUUUCAUACAUCAAAGCCAUCGAUAUAUUCAUGUCUUCGUGUACUGUCUUUGUGUUCGCAUCGCUUAUGGAGUACGCGUUGGUCAACAUAUUGAUGGCCGACGAGGUUAUACACGUACCGCCUGUGCGCACAACUAUGGCACCCAACUCGACCACUAACCCAAAACCCACAACCGCUUGUUCGGGGGCUCAACAUAACGCCACAACUGUGCCUCUCUAUGUCUCCUCUAAGAAUUUA